UUUCCGAGAAAGUCAGAAGAGACGGUUUCCGUUCAGAAGACCAGUAAGAGACAAUACAGGAUGACCUCGCUGGUGAUACUAAGAACUCUGUACUUUUUCACGAUAGUGCAGUGCUUGAAAUCGGGCUUGGCACAGCAGUUAGUUGACGUAGAUCGUUUAGAGGAAUGCCCCGGCGGAUAUUGCGUCAGGCUACACCUGUGCAUCAACGAGACCAUCGUAACGGAGGAGGAAUUUGAGAUCGACAUCAGAAAUCGCAUCGGCAGCGAUCCCAUUGAAGUUAGCACAAACAAGGAUGAAAAUCCGGAUCCAUGCGAACAAUUUCUACUGCGAUGUUGCCCCGCCGAGAAGGAUAGUACUACGAUUAGUCCGAUAGAACCAGCAUUAUCAACGGAUCGACCGGAGUUUAUUCCGGAACCACCUCGAUCAUGCGGUCGCGGAAAUCCAGCUGGACACAUCUUUCACGUCCAGGACGACUCGCUGGCGCAGUACGGUGAAUUUCCGUGGACUGCCGGACUUUUCCAGCCCGAAGGUUCUGCCGAAGGUUCCGCCUACAUCUGCGGCGGGUCGUUGAUCCAUCCCCGGGUGAUCCUCACCGCAGCCCAUUGCGUACGUAACGUCACCCAUCCGGAUCAACUGAUGGUCCGUCUCGGCGAGUGGGACAUUGCCAACGAGAACGAACCGUACGCCCAUCAGGACUUUGCCGUUCAUAAGAUCAUCAAGCACCAGGAGUGGCACCCCCAGCGGUACCACAACGAUCUUGCCCUGCUGAUCCUGGACAAACCGGUCGCUUUGGCCGCCGGCAUCAACACGGUUUGCCUGCCGGAAGUGGACGAAGAUUUCAACGGCAAACGGUGCGUGGCCGUCGGUUGGGGCAAGGACGUCCGCAAGAACCGUCAGUACGCCGACGUGCUGAAGAAGAUCAAAGUGCCGGUGAUCGAGCACGACCGGUGUCAAGGGAUGCUCAGACAGACCAAGUUGACGUCGGUCUUUCGGUUGGACGGUAGCUUCCUGUGUGCAGGCGGGGAAGCCGGCAUGGACACGUGCAAGGGCGAUGGAGGUUCACCGUUGAUGUGCGAUCGCGGUGACGGAACGUACGUACAGGCCGGGAUCGUGGCCUGGGGAAUCGACUGCGGUCGGGAGAAUGUUCCCGGGGUUUACGUGAAGGUGGCCAAGUUUGUGGACUGGAUGAAGGAGACGAUUGAGCGGGAAGGUUUGACGAUGGCGUGAUCAUGAUCAGUACUUGAGUAGAUCGUGAUCGAUUUGUUGGGUGUGACAUUAUCAGUUUCGAAUAAAAAACUUUUAA